UCCGCAGUGAAUUAUAAUUCUAAGAUGGCGUGUGGCAAUUUAAUAAGGCUUAUCGAAAUUGUAAACCCUUCGAAGUCCGAGUGAUUAGGGUUCAGGAUUUGAAGAGUCGUAGUGUAGAAAGAGGAAUGUCGAAGCGGGCAUUCAUGGAGGUCUCAGGGCAUCACUUGGAGCAACAGAGAUCGAAAAGAAAAGAGGAUGGGCAUACUGUAUAUGGUGCUGAUGGCAUGGAACACGAUGAAGAUAAUGUGGAGAAGAAUGGUUGCAUAGCAUUCUUAAAUGAAAUACAUGCCAAGAUUGAUUCUGCUGGAAAUAUUUCCGAGGCUUCUGUGAUAAGAUCGUUCUCUUCCCAAAAGGAAUGUGGCAGUUCAGAUGCUGUACUUGAUAAGGAGGAUGUUACUUUGGCUGACAGUUCAAGUUGUUCUGAGCGAUGUAUACUUUUUUCAGCAAUGAGUUCGCAUUUAGUAACAGAUAAGGACUGCCAAAGAUCCAACGUAUCUCAAUCUGACCAAGCUUCCUUAUCUGAAGCUGAUCAAGCUUUCACUUCAUCUGAUUGUUCAUCAGAAGUCACACAUGCUGCUACAAUGAAUAAGCAUCUCUCAAGCGAUCUUUCACUAGUAGAGAAAGAUAGGUUACCAGAAAAUUUGGAUAUUGUAAUCAAAGGCAAUAUUAUUCAUGAAGAGUUUGAAAAUCAUAUUGACUUAAUGAGCACCAGCUUGAAGACACAUAACCCCUCCAUGAAAAGGAGAAAAGAUAACAUGCCUGAUGUUACUGAAUAUGGGUCAGAGAGAAAGUUCUGUCAAGAACCAUCUUUUGGUGACACUCUGGUAGGAGCACUUGAGAGAAAUAGUAUUCCUGUUGAUAUAACUGCUUGUUAUCCUGAUAGUAAUAAGUUGAUACACGAAACCAACUUCAGUUCUAACAAUUCAAAUAGUGGUGUGAUAGAAAUUGCAGGCGCUAUUUUAGAAAUGCAAAAUAACAUCAAUGAUGAGACAGCUUCACAAUCUUCCCUAAAUGAAGGGUCUUCAAUCAAAGGUGAUGCGCUAGAAAAAGAUAUAGUUGAUAGGACAUUAAAUCACCCCUCAUGCUCUGCUGAAAUUGUCAGACAACAUAAGAUUUAUUCUAUGCCUCCACAAACUGAAUGUAGCAAUGAUGAAAACACUGAAAAGGCAUUUCAAAAGACAGUACAUGCAACAGUUUUUGACAAAAUGAAUUGCACUAUGCAUGAAGAAAAUAUUUCUGAACGCUCAUUUUCCUCGGCCAUUUCUAUUGAAAUUAAUCAAAAAGCUUUGUAUGCUAAUUUCAAAGGGGAAUUGAGCUUUCCUCCAUCACCAAUUACGGGUGUCAUAGAUUGCUUUGUUGGCAAACCUAAUGGAGACAGUAAUCACUUGGAUUCAUUUAAUGAGGAAGAGACUGCUUUCUCAUUCCAGACACCGAACAAAUGUUUCAGUAAAAAGAUCCCUAAGAAUGAAAUUGGUUUUGAGAUGCAUGGUGUGGUUGAGGGAGUUGUUGAAUCAUAUGAUUGCUCUCAGAAUCUGAUGGUGCACCCUUUGAAGGAUGUUUCCAUAGAUAUUCAUGGAGACAGGGUAACAGAGCAAAAGGAAAGGGUAACUUCUGUUUCAUUUAGCUCCGCUAUGGAGGAUGAUCUACUUUUAAAAGAGAAAAAGAAAGAAGUCCAAGAAUUUGGCUCAGUUCCACCAGAAAGAUUGUUGGCAUGCCGCACCAAGAGAAAGCUUCUUGUUCUUGAUCUGAAUGGCCUGCUUUGUGAUAUAGUCAACGAUUAUUGUAAUUCUUAUAGAGUUGAGAAGAAGGUUGGGGGAAAACCAUUUUUCAAAAGGCCAUUUUGUGAUGAUUUUUUGAAGUUCUGCUUUGAUCAUUUUCAUAUAGGCAUUUGGUCCUCAAGGAGAAAAUAUAAUGUUGACAGUGCUCUCGACUACCUUCUCGAGGAGUUCAAACAUAAAUUGCUAUUCUGUUGGGAUCAAUCAAAGUGCACAUAUACUGGUGCCAGAACUAUUGAGAAUCAUCAUAAGCCAUUAGUUUUGAAGGAGCUGAAGAAACUAUGGAACAAGGAAGAAUCUGAUCUUCCAUGGCAGAAGGGAGAUUUCUCUCCAUCUAACACAUUGUUAUUAGAUGAUUCUCCAUACAAAGCCCUUUGCAACCCUCCUAACACUGCCAUCUUUCCAUAUCCAUACCGGUACACUGAUGAGAGAGAUAAUUCCUUAGGGCCAGGAGGAGAUAUUCGAGUUUAUCUUGAAAACCUUCUUAUCAGCGAUGAUGUUCAACAUUUUGUAGAAGAGCAUCCUUUUGGCCAACCUGCUAUAACAACUUCAGAUGAACAUUGGUACUUUUACAGCCAAAUUAUCAAGAGUAAUGAUAUUCAAUUAUCAUGAGAGCGAUUUGAUCAAUAAAUAAAACUUAGUGAUGAUGAGUACAAACUUGGGAUUUUGACAAAUAACCAUGCAAUCUGUUAUUUGAAUGGCUGCUAUAAGGUGCUUAAUCUCAAUAGUAUGUAUAGGUUUGACAUGCUAUGAUCAAUUUUGACUUUAUUUUUAUUUUAUUUUGGAGGGAAGUAGGGGUGGAUAUAGCAUUUUUUGUAUAAACAAGAGCUUUCACUUUGUAGUAUAUUGGAAGGCGUUGCGAUAAUCUAGUUUUUGUUAUAGUUUCCUCUCAAGUGAAACAAGCCUUACUCAGCUGGACAAAAUUUACAAUGAUGGAACAGAUGCUAUUUUUUUUUUUAAAAGCUGUAUAAUAACCUGAGGACAUGCUGUUGAAAAUUGUGAUUUUUCUUCAUCAAAAUCUUAUGAUAGAUUAUUUGCUUA